AUGAGUGCCAUCACAUCUCUACAAUCACAACAAACCCAACAAAAACAAGGUUUUCGUAAAAUCAUGACUUUUAAUAGUCGAAAAAGUAAUAAGAAACAUUCUUCUUUGUUUUAUGAUAGUGCUCCAGAAGGAGGAGAAGACUCGCAAACCACGCCUGCUCCAGCUAGUCCUACUCAAAGUGUGAGAAGUCUUAGUCAUAAAUCGGGGCGACCGUCGUUCUUCGCUGCCUUUGCUCGUAGAAAUUCAACUAAAAGCGAACAUUCUUCCAGGAGUCGUUCACCAACCAGUCCUAGACCUUCCAACGAUUAUAACUUAACACCCGAAGAUUUACGCACUCCUAGUCCAACACCAUCACGACAUUCGAUUUUUGAACGUGAUAUUGAAAAUCACGAUCGUCUAAGCGUUCACGAAGCUAUAGACCUUGCUAUUCCCUCCGCUCUAGAUAACGUAGCUGAAGCCUUUGUCAAUGAAGAAAUACCUAUCCCCGUAGAAGAUGGAACUGAUUCUAUAGUUAAUAAUGGGAAUGGUUCCGAUGGUCAUGGUCUUUGGAUUAAUACAAGGGGAGAAAUCGAUGGGCGGAAACGAUUGUCACUAAUAAACAUUAAUCGAACACCAAGUCCUGGUCCGUAUGAUCAAAAGAACACAAUUGCGGAUACUUUGCGAGUAACGACACCAAGAGAAAUGAAUGCAUUGACAGGAAUAUUUGACAAUUCGUGGAAGUAA